UUGUUUUUUUUUUUUUUUCUUCAAACACUUCUCGAGCCCUAGCGAACGCCCGCCUUCUCGCCGCCACCGCCUUGCAGAGCCCUCGCGCAUGACCACCUCUUCCCUACUCUCUUAGCCGUCACCUCCCGCUGGUCUCCGUCGUCGCUUUCCUUCUCAUCAUUACGGCGUCGGCCAUCCCCUCUCCAAUCUUCCUCAGGCCCAUUGAAUUUUGGCAGUUAUUGGUAAAUCAGAUUUCGGAAUUCAGCAGAUUUAAUGUGAAUGUAAACAUCAAGCAUGAGGAAGUUAAAAUUUCACGAGAAGAAGCUCCUGAAGAAGGUCAACUUUAUUGAGUAUAAAAGAGAAGGGGGUCACCGUGAAGCUCUUGUCACACGCCGAUACCACCUCACAGAAAGGGAUGAUUACAAGAAGUAUGCGAGUAUAUGUCGGAUGGUACAAAAGCUAGUGAACCUCCUGAAGCAAAUGGAUCCAAGAGACCCUUACCGCAUUGAGAUGACAGAUAUGCUUCUAGAAAAGCUUUACAAUAUGGGUGUGAUCUCGACAAAGAAGAGCUUGGCGAAGUGUGAGAAACUAUCUGUGAGUUCAUUCUGCAGACGCAGGUUGGCAUGUGUCCUGGUGAACCUGAAGUUUGCUGAGCAUUUAAAGGAGGCUGUGACAUACAUUGAGCAGGGGCAUGUACGGGUAGGACCAGAGACGGUCACUGAUCCUGCAUUCCUUGUGACGAGGAACUUGGAGGACUUCGUGACCUGGGUGGAUUCUUCAAAGAUCAGACGAAAGGUGAUGGAAUAUAAUGAGAAAUUGGAUGACUACGAUGCAUUGAAUGCAUAAUGGAAGUUCUUUUCUAACUAAUUUCUCUUUUCGCAAGAGGCUAGGCAUGAAAAGUAUCUGUACUUUUUGUGCGCAUAGCCAGGGCUUUUGGGGGGAAAAAAAAACUUGCCAGUAUCAUGCUGUGAAUCGUAGUAGUGAACUGUAACAUUCUGACCUAAUUGCUUCUUUUGUCUCCUCUUAUUAUGGAUAAUGAGUCAUGGACCAGAGCAAUAAGAUAAAUAGGAUUUAUGCUUA